UAAUUGUCUGUCUAUUAUCUUUCCGGACACAAGUUUAUGUUUGUAAAGCCGAAGAAGAUAUACAUAGAAAUCAGAUCCAUGGCGACUACUGCCAUUUUACCUUCUUCUGCUUCUAAUUAUAGUUCAAUCAACUAUUGCACUCGUUUCUUUAAACACAGACUUAGAUUGCGAAGCUCUAAUUUUCAGCCUUCUUGCUCCCUUAAUCGUCCGAACAAGGUUGUCGGCGAAAAGGAUACCAAGCGGGAAUACUCGCCAGGAGUCAUUGAUGCAGUGUUUCUCCGCGUCUUCCGGCAAAAGAUGGUCCAGGAGGUUGGUUGGGAUUCUGAGAAGGCUGGAUAUGAUGGUCUAAUUGAUGUUGCAACUCAUCUCAUGAAGGCAAGAAGUAACUCUGCAACGAGAGAAGCUGCGGUACGAAUAUUAAGAUCCUUGUUUCCUCCAUUGCUAUUAGAGCUUUACCGAAUUCUUAUAGCUCCUAUAGGAGGAGGGAAAAUAGCUGCUGUAAUGGUUGCAAGGGUAACUGCAUUAUCUUGUCAAUGGCUCAUGGGCUCUUGUGCAGUUAAUUCAGUUGAUUUUGAAGAUGGAACAUUAUGGAAUAGUGGGGUCUAUGUCGAGAAGUGCAAGUACCUUGAGGAAAGUAAAUGUGUGGGGAUUUGCCUCAACACGUGCAAGUUCCCUACACAGACGUUCUUCAGGGAAUGCAUGGGGGUUCCUGUACUUAUGGAGCCGAACUUCAAGGAUUACAGUUGCCAGUUCAAGUUUGGGGUUGUUGCUCCACAACCUGAAGAUGAUGUCAUUUUCAAGGAGCCUUGCCUGGAAAUAUGUCCCAAUGUGAAUCUUCGCAAAAAGAUAAUUGGCAGAGAUACCAUAGCAGGGAAAUGUUCUAAAGCAUGAACAUACGUCGAGGCCAACUUCAUGAUGUUAUAGCUUCAAUGGUUGGGUUAAAGUAGAAGCAAAUAUUAAGGGGGGGAAAUGGUUUGAAUGCAAUUCCUCCUCUUGUUCAUCUAGAGUUUCUAUAGAUAUUGUUACUCCCCCAUCAAAGGACUUGAAUCCAGAUUUAGUACGAUAUGUUUACUUUGAGAUGUAAUAAUUAAAAAAACUUCAAUGAAACUGCAAUAAACAAUGUAAAUUUUGUAUUCCUUUCAUAGGAAAAUUCUUGUUUGUAGAAAUUUGCUCACAUUUAA